GUUACCCUCAACUUGUCAGAUGGCAAAGCACUCGGGAUGACGGUAGUUGGACAUGCGGAGGACAAGCGAGAUAUCGGUUUGUUCGUUGGGACAGUUAAGAAAGGUUGCACUGCUCAUCUGAGUGGAAAGGUUCAGCCCGGGGACUUGAUUGUCAGUGUUAAUGGUUUGGACUUGACUAAGUUGGAUAAUGAGGAAGCUUUGGAAGUGCUUCGCCAGCAGGUCUUUACAUCCAAGUAUUUAAAUCUCGUGCUAGAGAAGUAUUGG